AUGGGCGAAAUUCCGACGGUUGGUGUUUUCCAAGCUUCCUCAUUGUAUCCAGUGUUGGAAAAUGGGUCAUUACUGCCAGAAGGUGGAUUCCUAGUGGGAGAUGAUGCUUUCCCUCUUAAGACGUACUUAUUGAAACGAUAUCCCAAUGAGCCCACGAUUGCCGAAAAAAUUUACAAUUACAGAUUCACUAUUGCAAGACGCAUAGUAGAAAAUGCAUUUGGUAUUUUAGUAUCUCGAUUCCGUGUUUUGGCAAAACCUAUCCAGUUGCAAGAGGAAACCGCAAUAAAAAUGAUUCGAACUACAUGUGUACUGCACAACUGGUUGCGCAAAUCUUCACUUCACACCUACACACCACCGGGUAGCAUAGAUUAUGAAGAUAUUGUAAAUUUCACUACGAACCUAGGAACGUGGAGAUCAGAAAUAAAUGCGUUACCAAGUAUCGCCCGUUCGCGGAUCAAUAACAGAUCAAAGUUCGCAGCUGAAAAAUUGAGAGAAAAAUACAAUUUUUUUUUUGUAAUGAGGGUGCUGUCACCUGGCAAAAUUAUAUGA